AAUGCAAAGAGAAGAUGAUGAUGAUGACAAUGAUGAUUAUGAUGAUGACGAUAAUGAUGGUGAUGCGGCUGAACGUCUAACGAUUAUGAGUCAAGAAGUAAUUGUGCCUUUAUUAUCGCUCGAUCAUGCCAUUUUCUUAAAGGACCAAAUUGGUACUUUUAAACCGACCGUUGAAGAUGUUCAUGUCGUCUCUCAAACUCUACAGAUGAAAUGCGAACAGGAUCAAGUUUCUGAAUUAUAUUCUUUUAUUCGGGAUAAGAAUUCUGUUUACAUAAACAAUGGGCAGUUUAGACGGUAUUACCGACUAAUACCAAGUUGCAUUGAUAGAGUCGUCUCUAAAUUAGGUAUCAUAGGAACUCUUUCCGGAGCAACGCUUACUGUAAAUCAAACUGGCUUUCUUGAUGUUGUCGGAACUUGGAAAGAGACUCAAGAAGCUAUCUGGCUCUGUAAUGAAGCGUCUAUUACAGGCAUAAAAGAAAUAUGUUCCUAUCGCGGAUAA